CGUCUUACACAACAGACAACUUGCAAUUGGCAACAUUCGAACUUUUACGAUCGACCGAACUCGACAACUCGACAUUCGACACUCGACCCCCCGGAUCAACGACUUCAGGAAAUAACUCAAAUAUAUAUAUCGAAAUAUAUCACCAAAUAGGCUGGAACCCAUCUGGUUAACAAUACUCGAUGACCUUCUGGCGUCAAGGUCGUCGUUUCUCGUGCCUCUGAUGCUGCAUGGCAUCUUCUGUCCAUUCGCACCCACAGAAGUGAUCCCCUAGAUUCACCCCAGACAGCGGCAAUGGGCGCCACCAACGACAAAGCGUCCGAAUUGGACCGUAGCUCAUCGCUCAGAGCAUCCCUGAGGUUUUCUAACACACAGGUCGACGAUGACGAUUACGACCUGCAGGCAAUGGGAAUUGCAGAUGGCUUUCGUCCGAUGGAGGCGCCACAUACUCAAAUAUCAAUGCCAUCCACCCUGCCACAGGAUCAUCAUCCUACGGCACAGAUCCCACCGCCGCGACCGUCGAGUAUUACCAAACCGCAUCGUCGAAAUGAUUCUUUAUCUCUGCAGCAUGAUGGGUCGUCGACAGUGUCGGAGAGUAAUAGGACACCCAGUAGAGACUCGACUGGUUCAACAUUAUCGCCAUUUGUUGACCCGGAGGAUCCGUAUGACGGCCCAUCUGGUCCUUCGCAUCCGUAUCAGAUGUACCCUCAGAAUGUUCGAGUUGCACGAACGGCUAGUUUGGCGACCACCUCGACUGCGCCCAUCUCAGAGCGGUCGUACAAUGGUCCUCGCGGCCCGGCGCAUCCAUACCAGAUGUACCCCCAAAACACCAUCGCAGAAACGGGUGGAGUAUCUAAUCCGACGCCGCCAGGAGAAAUCAACGUUGGCUUCCCAGGGACAACCGACAACUACCAACGAAGAAUCGGACCAGACGGGGAAGACGUUGCGGACUUAAUUGGCCCUGACGGGCAUACCGAACAACUACCCCCUUACACGAGGUAUCCAGAGGAGACGUAUAAUAGGAAAGCCAUGGGCUUGGACACACCUCAACCAGCACCGGUGCCCGUGCAACCUAUGCUAGCAAUUCCGGGCGCCGGGGGUAUCGGAAUAGCCACGAGGGACCCCGAAUUCGCGUCGACAGAGGAUUUACGCGACGCGAACUCACCUCAAUCUCGACUAUCUGUCCGCAGCUUUACGUCCGAGAGCAGCCAGCGCCAGCUAAAUAAUGUUUCAGGGUCAACAUUAGGAGGAGAAGGUGACGGAGCAAGGGCAGAGGUCUCGGACGAGAAAAAAUCAUUGAAAGACUGGCAAGUAACUGCCAAAAGGAGGGUUUGGGGUAUCGUCCCAUGCUGGGCUAUUAUACUCGCUGCUAUCGUCCUUGUAUUGGUGGGAGUAAUUCUCGGCGCUGUUGUUGGCACUCUUGUCAACCCCCAUUUCAAAAAGAAACCACCUCCAGAUAGACCACCUUUGCCUUUGGCAACACCUGGUAAUGACUGGGAUACACAACCUCUUAGUACCUUAUCACCUACUACGCCACCACUGCAAGAGGGAGAAUUCGCCAUGCCUCUUCGAAACAAUCGAAUGUCUAACACCUGCUUUACUGACUCGACGCUUGCCCAAGCGUGGAGCUGUAAUAUUGUCUUAUCCCAUCUCUCCAUGAAAAUUCAAAGGUUACCUAACCAACCAAACACAUCGGACUACUCCUUCGGCUUUAACUACAACGACACCUGGACUAUGGACAACUACGUCUACUCUUAUGGAAUGCAACCGCCCGACCUGACUGGCGUGACGCUUAGGCUUGUUAAUGACCUAUACGAAUUUCCUCGAGGUCCAGCGUGGAACUUUGCCGUCGCCUACAACAAAACUGUUAUCGUGCCUGAGCAGCACCUAUCACUUGGGGCUCCUUCUCCCUCAUUGACUGCCGAAAAUCGUCGUCGAAUGUUUAACGACUAUAAGCGAAAGGGAGUUAUGGCUCUCACCGGGGAUAAACCAUGGAUCUGUCAGUGGAAUAAUACCAUACUGGAGACGUUUAUAUAUGCCGAGCAGAACAAUAGCUUUAGCCGCCCACUUGACGCUAGUUCGAUGUCAAGCACACCAGUGGCCUCUUCUAGCGUGAAUGCUGGCGGUGGACUGAUCACGACCCCGACCGCACAGACUACGCCGACACCGACGGGCAUUGGGGAUAGCGGCGACUUUAGUGAACUUUCACUGGGGCCCCAUGGCGACCCUCAAGAUCAUACUCCAUCCACACCGACGACCGAUAGUGGCGCCACGUCAACCACCAAUUUAUCUCCAGACGCAUCUGCAUCCGGGCCAUUUGAUAUCGACUUUCCUAUGCCCCCCCUUAUGUCCGUGUACCCACGGGUCAUCAAGGUCGAAGAACGUCGCAAUAGUGACUCCACGGCGAUCAAGCCGGUAUGCCGCCAGGUUCAGAUUGUCGGCGAAGGCGAGCCAGCAAUUCCUGUCCUAGACUCCAAGGGCCAACAAGUCGAAGUUUACAUAGACGAAGACGAAAAGAUCUUUGGCGAACCACCCCCCCCUUCCGCAGAAAAUUCAAAACGGAGUUUCAUGGAUCAUUACUUGGGCAUUCGGGGUACCGCUAAAGGUACCGAGAUGAGCGAAUGCGGCUGCAUGUGGUGGCUCACAUGAACGCCGAAUGGUCUAUACGUGGCCCCGUAUGAGAAAGAAGGACCAUAUUUGUCUCUCUCGGAGUUUGAGUAUAUUGAAGCGAAGAAGCAAGCUGAAAAUCAACUGUAUAUAGCAUCGUCAUUGUCUUACGAGACUGCAGCGCAUUCACAUUAUGGCGUUCAGGG